AUGACCCCAACUAAGAAGACCCGACACGAAAACGCUUUGGAAAGCCUGAAGGCUUUGACCACUGUUGUUGCCGACACUGCCGAUUUCUCUGCCAUGGAUCUUUACAAGCCCACCGACGCUACUACCAAUCCUUCACUUGUUCUCGCUGCCAUGAAGGUUGAAGGAUAUGAUAAGCACAUCGAAGCCGCUGCCGAAUACGCUAAGAAAGCCGAAGGAGAUGACAAACUCGCCAUUGCUGCUGACCACCUUUUUGUCGCUGUUGGAAAUCAAGUUUUGGAGAAGAUUCCAGGAAGAAUCUCCGUCGAAUGUGACGCUCGAUUGAGCUACAACAAAGCAGAGACUCUCAAACGAGCUCACCGAAUCAUCAAUUUGUUCAAAGAGCGAGGAGUCGGCAAAGAACGAAUCCUCAUCAAAAUCGCUUCAACCUGGGAAGGUAUUCAAGCCGCCAAAGAACUAGAGCAAGAGGGAAUCCACUGCAACCUGACUCUUCUUUUCUCUUUCGCCCAAGCAGUCGCCUGUGCCGAAGCUGGAGUGACGCUUAUCUCCCCCUUUGUCGGUCGAAUCUUCGACUGGCAUGUGAAAAAGGGCAACUUCGCGAAAGACGGUCCUUCCGAAGAAGACCCAGGAGUAGUUUCCGUCCGAGACAUCUUCAACUACUACAAGAAGCACGGCUACAACACCCAGGUCAUGGGCGCCUCCUUCAGAAAUGUUGGACAAAUCAAGGCUCUUGCUGGCUGCGAUUUGCUGACCAUUGCUCCUUCUUUGCUGGAGAACUUGAAGGCUGAUGGCGAGACGAACAACCUGCCAAGAAACUUAUGCUCUGAAGAGGCCAAGAACUCUUCCAAGGAUAAGGUAUCCUUGGACGAAGCGGCCUUCCGAUGGGAACACAACACCGACCCUUGCGCCGUCGAUCUCCUCUCCAAUGGCAUCGUCCGAUUCGCCAACGACGCUGAAAAGCUCGAUGCCAUGCUCAAAGCAAAAUUGUGA